AUGGGCGGGGCCGGGAGCGCAGCGCGGAGGCUGCUCCAGCCCUGCAGCCCGCGGGGCAGCGCGGAGGCACCACAAAAGUAUCUGGCCCCUCUGGGAAAAGAGGGAGAAGCAGCUAAAGCCGAGGAGGAGCGACAAAGUGAGGAGCUGCUGAAACAGACGGCAGGCGAGAGGCAGAAGAUCGUCAGGGAGUGGCAGGAGCUGCGAGGGUGUCUGGAGGAGCAGGAACAGCGUCUGCUGGCCCGGCUGGAAGAGCUAGAGAGAGCCAUUGUCCAGAGAAGGGAUGAGGGCGUCUGCAGCCUGUCAUGGGAGAUUUCCCUGCUCAGCGAGAGGGGAGGAGAGAAGGGGCAGCAGCUGCUGAGCCAACCCCUGCAGGGUGUUGGGAGCACUGGGGGCAGCAGGGAGGACAGGACAUUUCGGAAGCUAGAGCCGUCGUUUGCAGAGCUGGAGAAAAGACUCAGCGAUUUUUCUCUGAAAAGUGCCAUGCUGCAGGAGGUGGUGCUGAGAUUCAAAGAGACGCUGCGACGGGGGCUGGGGAGCGACACAGCCAUCCCGAUGAUAAUUAAUUUCUGGGAAACAUCCUCAGCAGAAUUAUUUGAAGGUGUUGUACCAGACAGUAAAGCCACAGAGGCAGUGGCUUGUGGGAAAGAGGGCGGCAGAGUAACGCCCACCUUUGGCUCCAGAUUGUCCCAGCCUCCCACGGGACAGGGAAGGGAACUGACUGUAGUGGAGCCAGUCCAGGGGCCGGUGACCUUCGAGGAGGUGGCUGUGUAUUUCACCAGGGAAGAGUGGGCUCUGCUGGACCCCCGUCAAAGAGCCCUCUGCAGAGACGUCAUGCAGGAGAACUGUGAGAAUGUGACCUCGCUGGCAGGUGAUGCAAUGGUACGUGAGAAAGAGGAGCAGAAUUCUCUGCAGGAAAAUGUUGAGCAAGUGGAUAAACACAGAGAUUUAUCGCAAAGAUCGAAAAGGAAUGUGUCCAGGAGUCAUGAGCAGGGAAACUCCUGUGAGAGUCAGCACCGACCAGAAAAAGAGCAGGGAAACGAGCCAGGGGAGAAGUGGGUAAAUUAAUUUCACGAGAAGGAACUCAGAAGGACCUCAAGGAAACCACAACACAGCAGGAAAUCCUUAUGGGAAAGAGCAAAAAUACAUGCACUGUGUGUGGGAAAAACUUACGUGACUAUUCAGCCCGUAAGAGCAUCAUAGAAUCCACACAAGUGAGAAACCCUAUGAAUGCAGUGAGUGUGGGAAAACCUUC